AGUUUGUCACAAGCAGGCGCAGGCAGCAGCAACAUAAUAAGCCGAAGUGGUGCUAGCACCAGCCAGAAUGCUGACACAGUGGGCCCUGAGACUGAGGCUGCGCGGCCGGGUGGCAGCCGCAGCCGAUACCGUGAAGCAGACCCUCUUGAUGGCAUGCUGCGCAACGGUCGUACCAAACCCACUAGGAUAGAGGUCAGGGAGCAGCCGAACUUGGCUAGCGCAGAGAGGGGACGCCCAGAUCAAGAAGCUCGUCACAGUGCUGGCUUUGCAAAUCGGUCCCCCUCACCCAGAGGCAACACCAAACAGGAUUUGCAGACUCCUCCUAGCCCCGCAACUGAAGCACAGCCGCAUCGGAUGAGGCGAGUAGCAUUCAGAAGAAAGCAGCAAACACAGUUGACGUUUGGGAGCAGUGAUGGGGUUUCAGCUUUCGACAAGAAGUAUGAGAAUCAGCUGGAGCGCUUUUUGGGAGCCUUGGUGCAAGCAGAUUACAGGUUGAUCGGGGCUGAUGACGGAUAUAGAAUCCAAAUUGUCGAUUGCAGUUUGGGCCUGGAAGGAGAACUUGGUGUGGACGGAUUCAUCAAAGAGGUGUAUGGCCGGCUUGACGCGAUUUUGUCUCAAAGAGACUCGUGGGAGACUCGCUUGAGGGAAUUGGAAGCCUUUGCCGAGAAGAACGGGAAGCUUCCUCGAUGGUGGAGAGUUGGUUGCGAUCGUGCUGAGGCAGUGCUGAGCAACUGGUUGAUUACCCAAACCAGGCGCGUCAGGUUGCAGCAAAUGCCAGCCCACCGACUUCAAAGACUUCUGACUGCAAGAUCCGAUCUCAUCCGCAGACGUGCUGAAGGGUGGAUCACCGGCGACCCCGAUGGUGGCUUCGAGGAUCACUGCCGAGAGCUGAAGGAGUACAUAGAGUUGAAUGGUAAGAUUCCAACCAAAGCGAAGCCCGACUCUUCCGGCUCUCGACUGGCGGCGUGGUUGUUUGAUGUUCGAAAGAAUAGAGCUCAUGAUGCCAUGCCUGAGAGGAGGAAGAUGCUGGAGGAAGUGCAUCCUUUAGUGAAAGAACUCCUCCAGAAAUGGGACGACAGGCCUCUAAAGAUUGACCUGGCACGAUGGGAAAAACGGUUGGAGAAAGUCCUCCACAUCGUGAAGCACGGGCGGCUCCCGAAACGACCGUCAGAAAACACAGAGUACGAGUGGCUCCGGAGGCAACUCCGACGGCUCGACGCUUUGCCGCCUGAGCUGGCGAAGCGGCUUCGUGGCUCUCAUCCACUGGUCGCAGAAGCUGCCAGGAGGUUGGAACAGAAGGGGAGG